AGAUUUAGCCUCAUUCUUUGAAAGUACGGUAGCCCCAUAGUAGUGGAUUGAAGUGCUGCCUCGACUAUGUGCGAUCACGUUUGGGACAUAUGGUCGAGGCUUCCCAUCUUUGCCUUCUUAGUCCUUGUGUAUUUUACAUGGCGCUGCAGUACAAACGCCCGUGCUGCGACAGAGUCCGCGUUCGAGCUUCAAGCCAUAAGAUCUGCAGACGCAUCAAAAGUGCUGGGGCACCAGCUAUUUUCUGAACGCGACCAGGAGCGCGGCUACGAGACCAUCACGAAAAGCCGUAUGAGCUUUUUCGACAUUUGCAGGCGGAGUCGUAUGUCGGACAAAUGCGCCAGCAAUCAGGACCGCCAUUACUAUCAUGUACGAGCAGGAUGUCCAUGCUUGCAGAUCCGUGACUCAGUCCGUUUGCAACAAAGAAACAGCACCAGAAGCACUCUACUGGCUCUGGGUCUGUUUUGGAUGGUUUGCCUCGCGGUGGCGCCCGUUGCGCACGUAUAUAGUUAGUGUUGUGUCUGUGGAGGGCUUUGCUUUGUCGUCGGUCAUUUGGCUCGCGUCUCUUUGUGGUGCGCUGUCCUGUCGUCUCCGGUCGGGCGCGCCAGUCUUGUUGGCGCUCACUUCUCAUCCCUGUGACUGGAUGCGCCGGUAGGUGGACUGGGCUCCUUUCCUUUUGCGUAUGGCAUUGGCCCGCCGCGAAGGGUGCGGGGGCAGCUUCUCACGGAGAGCGUCAGCCCGCGAGCAAGGUGUGCUCUCUUAUUUGUGUGCGUGCGUAGCUGUGUGCGCUAUGCGCCGUGCCUUGUUAGAGUGGCCUCGCCAGCGAUGUGCAGCUGCCUGCAGCUGCGCUGGUUGCAGCCUCGAACAGAGGCAAUUGCCCACUUUGUGCUGUUGCGCCGCAGUGUGCUCCUUAGGUGUAAGGGUCGCUCGAUGUGAUGCUUUAUUCGAUCCGUCACGCGUUCGCUUUACUUUGUUUGGCCUUGGCGCUGGUCGUUGGCUAGAUCUUGGGACGAGAAGCAGCGCAGUUUUAGCAUGCGGGACAUGAUGCUCUGGGGCUCGUUGCCUCAAGCAUACCUCGCGGGGGAUGGGUGUGCCAGCUGGCGGCGCGCGCUCCACUUCGGGCUUGUCUCGGGCUGCCUCUCAGUCAGUCUUUCGUGGGCUGUUCGUUGGACUCAGCUUUGGUUGCGUGUGCGCUACAGAUGUCGCGGCCCGUGCCCAUGAUUGUAGCCAUGGCUGCAUCCAUGGAUGUGGUAAGGCCAAAAAAGUGCCACUUUUCAAAAAAUUAAUAUUGAAAAGUGGCACUUUGUUUUUCAUGCUCAAAAUCGGCCACAAUCAUGGGCAGCGAGCAGUCGUCUGCCUGCCCGGUGUGGUCGGUUUUGGCUAUCCAUGCUUGUAGCCAUGCCUGGAUCCAUGUGGAUCACCUGAAGAAUCCACUUGUUUGGAUUUUUCAGGAAGCAAAAAAAUCGGGUCAAAAGUCGCUACGUGAAUGGAUAGUGGACGUGAGCACAUCUUCAAGGGGAAAGGUCAAGCUGAGAGAGAGCGCGUUUCUUCGAUGCCUCUUCUGCCGUGUGGUGUAGUGUGUUGUGCUGUCCGCGAGGUUGUCGGCGCUGCUGAAGCUCGUCUGGAUGGUGGUGUCUUAGUCUCUUCUUGUCAAGGUUGGCGCGUUAUACUCAGCAGGAGUUGGCGCGGACCCCUCUCAGAUGUACUGCUGUUGGCUUCAUGUGCAGCGAGCCGACUCCGAGUCUGAGCGGCGUGCGCUCUCCUUGUGAGCUAGAUCACUCAGCCACGCGAAUGACGGCGACGGCAUCAACCAACGCGAAGCACCUGACUCGUGGCAGCAGGCAGCAUGUUGUCGCAGCGUUUUGCAUGCAGGUGGUGUUGCCUAUGUUGGUGUCGUCCAGCGUACUCUGAUGGGGGUGGGUGGGUUCUUCGUGUUCGGAAAGUGAUCCGCCCGAGUCGGUUGAUUCGGGGGCGCUUCUUUCGUUGCCUGAACAUGAAAAGGGGAGCUGCGAAGCGUUUGACCCGUAGGCUGCGCCUUCUGUUCAUGGCUGAAGCGGAUGAGCAGACGCGAAGCCUCGCCUGCCGUUUAUGCCGUGUUGCCUUUUAUCGCAGCACCGCUUGCCUUGUGCCUUCUUGUAUAUUGUAUAUGGGGUUCGUUGCCCCUGCCUACUCCUUUUUGUGUGGAGUGGCGUUAUGUUUUCCCCUUGUAUGUAAGUAACUGGCUCUAGUCACAAGCUUACAAGCAUGGAUCGCCUCCACCUUCAUAUCGCGUUUUGUAUGAGUUUCACCUAUCGCAGCUGCGCGACAGGGAUGGGCCGGCUCGCUUUCUUGAGAUUGGGCUAGGCUGCACAAUGCGACAUGGAGCUGGAGGGUCGCGGGAGAUUUGGGAGAAGUAUUUCAAUAGGCCAGAGCUAUGGUUUGGCGAGUACAAUGCAAAGUGCGUUGACGAGUAUAAGCGCAGGCACCCAGGCUUCAGCAGGAUUAUGGUAGGCGAUCAAUCAAAUCGAACUGAUCUCGCGCGCUGGGUAGAGACAUCUGGUGGCAAUUUUGAUGUGAUUGUCGACGAUGGCGGCCAUCGUACCCCGCUGCAAAUGGGUGCAUUUUAUGGACUUUUUCCGAGUCUAAAGCCAGGCGGGCUAUACUUUAUAGAAGAUAUUCACUACCAGAGAGAUGCGUUCGAUAGGAAAACUAAAAUGUCAGGCGUGCUGCGCACGCUUCUCGACUGGAGCGCGCAAUUAGUGGGAGUCUCUCGCAUUGCUAAGCCUUACAGCUCGACAUUGCCGCCGGAUAUACAAAGCAUAGAGUGCAUGAAACACAUGUGCAUGAUAGUCAAAAAAGAUCCAUCUCUGUUUGAUAAGAAUCCGCGCACAGGUCAUGCUCAGGCUCGCCCUACUGCUGCUGUAGGGCGUGGACCCGAGAGCUUUUAUGAUAUUUGCAAACGCAAUCUGCUGUCUGAUAAGUGCUCAGACCGACAGGACCGGCAUUUCUAUCACGUUCUUUACGAGAGCCAUCUCAGGCAUCUUCGCAAAAGAAGAGAACCUGUUCGGUUUUUCGAAAUUGGUCUCGGAUGCACUAUGCGGUAUGGAGCUGGAGGAUCUCGACAAAUUUGGGAAGCCUAUUUUGACCAUGUCGAUUUAUGGUUUGGGGAAUACAACAGAGAGUGUGUGAAGCAGUACCGCGAGAACAAUCCAAACUUUAAAAACAUCGUCGAGGGCGACCAAUCCAAUAAAGAAGAUCUUCAGCGAUGGGUAGCAGCCAGCGGUGGAAACUUCGAUGUAGUCGUCGAUGAUGGCGGUCAUCGCACACCGCUGCAGAUGGGAGCUUUCUACGGUCUUUUUCCUCACGUCAAACCAGGAGGACUGUACUUCAUAGAAGAUAUCCAUUAUCAAAAAGAUGGCACUGACGGACACAGCGUCCACUCCGCAGUUCUACGAACGCUGCUCGAUUGGAGUGCGCAGCUGGUUGGUGUGGUGGAUUCCUCCGCCUACGAGUCUAAGGUCCCAGACGAUGUACAGAGCAUCGAAUGUAUGAUGCACAUGUGCAUGAUAGUGAAGAAGGAUCCCGCUCUGUAUCCUUACUAAUUAUGUGCCACUAAUCUGGCUGCUUUUCCUCUUAGUUAGCUACAUGCAUGUAUGCCACCGGCGGCACACCUAGUUCCUGUGGUGUGAUCCCUGGCGUCUACAAUUUGGAGAGGCUCGGCCCGGCAUCUGCAUGCCAUCCGGAGACCCUGUUCGAUGGCGCUGUUCUCCACGUUGUGGAUUUUAUCAUAAAGCGGGCGGCCUGUAGCAUUGUUAACAAGCAGGGCUACUGAGUCAUUAUUUAUCCUACAUUCAAGAAAGGGGGCAAAACUGGCAAAGCCAGCAGCGGUGUGCACCUGACAAGCGCGGGCACGUAAUACCUGGACCUCUCGGGGGAAUCGUGGGCGAGGGAGCCACAGCUGCGAUCCGAUCGCCACAAACCUGAGAUCGAACAAGCGAAAAGGAAGAGCGCCCGAGGACCAAACAGGGACGCGAAGGGAGAGAAGACAGGAGAAGAAUUAGG